UGUACUUCGUGACUACCCAGAAACCUCGGCCAAAAUGAAAAUGGAGAACGGCAAAGGCAAGGAGCAGAUGGAGGUUGAUGAAGCUCCCAAUAACCAUGAAGGCAUCAAGCAGUAUUAUAUAGCGAAAAUUGAGGAACUCCAACUUGUGGUGACAGACAAAACCCAAAAUCUCAGACGUCUUCAAGCACAAAGAAAUGAACUUAAUGCCAAGGUUCGUAUGUUGCGAGAGGAACUGCAGUUACUCCAAGAACAGGGAUCCUAUGUUGGGGAAGUUGUUAAACCAAUGGAUAAGAAAAAAGUCUUGGUCAAGGUUCAUCCAGAAGGUAAAUUUGUUGUUGAUAUAGAUAAGAAUAUUGAUAUGGGCGAUGUGACUCCAAAUUGUCGUGUUGCUCUUCGUAAUGACAGUUAUACAUUACAUAAAAUAUUACCAAAUAAGGUCGAUCCUUUGGUAAGUCUUAUGAUGGUAGAGAAGGUACCAGACUCUACAUAUGAGAUGGUAGGAGGAUUAGAUAAACAGAUUAAAGAAAUCAAAGAAGUUAUAGAACUGCCAGUCAAGCAUCCAGAGUUAUUUGAAGCUCUUGGAAUUGCUCAACCAAAGGGCGUGUUAUUAUAUGGUCCACCUGGUACUGGUAAGACCUUAUUAGCUAGAGCUGUAGCUCAUCACACAGACUGUACAUUUAUUAGAGUUUCAGGAUCAGAAUUAGUACAAAAAUUUAUUGGUGAGGGAUCAAGGAUGGUCAGAGAACUUUUUGUUAUGGCAAGAGAACAUGCACCAUCUAUAAUAUUCAUGGAUGAGAUUGACUCCAUAGGUUCAUCUCGUCUCGAAGGUGGAUCAGGUGGUGACAGUGAAGUUCAAAGAACUAUGUUAGAAUUGUUAAAUCAGUUAGAUGGUUUUGAAUCACACAAGAAUAUAAAGGUCAUCAUGGCUACCAAUCGUAUUGACAUACUGGAUUCGGCUUUGCUUCGACCAGGACGUAUUGACAGAAAGAUUGAGUUUCCACCUCCAAAUGAGGAAGCCAGAUUAGACAUCUUAAAAAUCCAUUCCCGUAAAAUGAAUCUGACGAGAGGUAUCAACUUGAGAAAGAUAGCAGAAUUGAUGCCUGGUGCUUCCGGUGCUGAAGUGAAGGUUAUGCAAAAGGAUUCAGAAAAGAAUAUGUCCAUCAAGAAAUUCUGGAAGUAG